CGGCGCUCUUUUGCAUUUCGUCGUAUGCAGCAGUGUUUGUGAUGAUGAAGCUGAGGAGUAAGAAGACCAAGGAGGCUCGCUCGGAGUAAGGCAGUUGUUGAAGACCGUCGGUCAACGCGUCGGAUACAGCCCUGGGAGGUAUUGGGCACUUAAUAUUGGCCAUUUGCCAGCUGUCCGUUUCGACUUUUGAAUUUCAUGGUGUUUAUAAGAUUGUUUUUGCGAAUAUACUGUAUAUAGAAUAGAAACCGACACGAUGUCGAGAUAGAAUAGAAUAAUAGAGGGGGAGGUGGACUGAAAAAGCGUCGAAUGGGACUAACCCCAAGUAGGAAAUCCACUGUAUUAUGUAAGAAACCAACAAAUCCCAGCGAUUUUCCCCCUAAAGCGAACGAACGCAACACAACAACACGAUUUCUAUAGGCAAAGAGUGAAGUCGCGUCCAUCGCCCUAGAUCCCCCCUUUCUCGAUCAUGGCUCCUAUUACUUCCAAGCCGUAUGAUCUCUCCGGUCGCACCCCUAUUUAUCGUCUCAGCAAGAAUCCGACGCCGCGACAGCAAUCACCACCACCGCCCGUCAACAAAGCUGCUGCUCCUCCCACGCAGCAACACUACCAAUCGCCCUACCAGUCUCCCUACCAGUCUCCCUAUCCUUCAUGCCAAUCAGCCCCAGAGGAUGGCAAGCAGGCCGCAUCCACACAGCCUCCUGCGCAGAAUGCUGACCCGGAAGCGAAAGGCUCGCCGUUAACCAAGCGUCGCGGGAGAAAGCUGCAAGAGAAUGAAGUCCUGAUUCUCGUCAACUAUUGCUUGGAGUUUCAAAGCAUAUGGGCCUCUGAUCGAUCCCGGUUCUGGCAUUCCGUCGCUACGAACCUGAAGCGACAGAUUAAACGGAAUUUCUCGUGGCAAUCCUGCCGACAGAUUGUGGAUGAGCUGGUGUCGGAGCGACGCGACCGUCUCCGUAAUGUCGCAGCUGGAACAUCCAGAGAGCAGGUUGUGACUGAGCUUCUUGUCGCAACGGAUAAAUGGAUUGCGUUUAACGACACGGUACAAGGUAGACCUAGUAUUUUAACGCCAACCGCCCAAACCCCCAAGCGCCCUGGAUCAGUCGACGCCGGCCCUGCAACCGACCCUACCGCGAAACGUCCAAAACAGCAAGGCCGAACGACACCUGCUAUCCUCAUGCCAGCCCCGCCCGCAGCAUCCAUAAUGGCACCGCCAAUCCCCCCUAGUCCCAUGAUGCCGGCGGUAGAUUAUCAGAACCUGAAAGUGGAUCUCCAAAGUAUGAGGAUGGAUCUGCAAAUUUUGCGACGCGAGAUGCUGGACCUGAGGCAAGAUAUGAACGCCAAGCUGGGAUCGGUGCUGCAGGCUCUCCACGAGGCCAAGCAACUUAACACCGAUUCCCAAAAGUAAUGAUAUCCCCGGAAUGGUUCGCGCUGAUCGACCCAUACCGUUUGAAACUGGCGGCCUCCCGCGGCUUGGAUCGGUCGCUCCAGGCCAGGAUCUGUAAAUGACACCCAGCAGUGAGCAGGCAUCCCUGCAGGGCCACCCCCCUCCCUCCUUUCUGAUCACGGAGUAGGAUCCUCCUAUGCUCCCCCCCCCCCCCCCCCCC